GCCUGGUGCUGAAUAGAGGGUCAUUGAUCGGGGUACGGUGAAAGCACGAAGAAAGAGCGGAGAGAGAGUGCACUCAAAUGAAAUCUAGUCAGUCUGCCUACAGACGAGUCUGAGUAGACACAUGAACAAACAUUCAAUCUUGUUGUUAGUCGGUUAUGAGUUUGUUUACAAAUACACAAAUCUGUUGCCAGUUAUUACACGAGGAAUGUUUAUUCUUUCGAUUCAGAUAAAUAUUUAAUAUCACCGAAGCUUGGAAGCUAAAGUGCCAGCAUAAUUAUGUGGAUGGACUGCACGCACAUAUGAUGUAGUGGUGACCUUCCACCGAUUCUCUAAACGGAACUAAAUGAUAAACUACAGAUUGUAAUGCAAGAUCACGGAGAUCGGGUUUGAACGACACACCAAGAACAAAACUCAUUUGUCGGGAAGUUUGUGGACUCUGUAUCGCCUCCUCCAUGCCGUCUGUGUGAAGCCACGCCCAUCACAUCGCACCCAAGAUGACAACAUCCAAGAAACCAUCUAGUGCGCCUGCGCGGAUCUCGGCCAAGGAUGAUAUCUGGAAGGACAUCCACGACUGGGCCAAGCCUAGUGGGUCACGUGGGGAGGAGGGGGAGGGGCAUGAAGGCGAGGGGACGGCUAUGAUUGGCUCCCAACUCAAGGAUAACGUGACUGAGCAACGAAUGCUGGAAGGAAGGCUCAUGGAUCUGUCUAAGGAGAGAUACAAGUUUAUCGUUCAGGUGGCGUGGCAAAGAAAGGCCUUCGUAGAUCGACAGAAGGCCAAGACAGGAGUGAUGAAAGACUUAUUGAAUGGGAUCGACACGUCCCAAGUAGCCAGCGGUAAAGGGACGAACUAUAACGCCCGUAUGCAUGUACGACAUGAUACCUACAAAAACCUCGCGCUUAAAACUUACGCUGAGGGACACAAAAGUAACUACUCAACAUCGCCUCAGACUCAGAAGGCGGAGUAUUCCGAAGACGGUUUACUGGAGAUGAAACCAAUCUUCCCUAAUCCUACUCAUCCCAUAUUCAAGACAGAAAUCCCUUCAUCAUCAGGCAGUCAACGGUUCAACCAAGCACGACACAUGAUGCUGGACCGACGGAAAGCUGGCGGUGUUAGCUUCCCGUCCCUCGAUGCAAACACCGGUGGCGGAGGAAGUCGUGUGCCGGUCCGUGGUACGCGAAGCCAUGGAUUGAUUACGCAACGUCAAAGUAUGCCGGCCACUUUCCUCCGCAGAGAUGUUCACAAGAUGACUGCGCAACUAGGAGACUUACGAGAGACCAAAUCAGCGAGUUGUAUACCCAAGUAUCUUAAAUACAGAGCCGUGUAUGACGGUCGGUUUAACCGACUAGAGAAGGUGCUGUGUAAGCCAUACACGGGAGCUGAGAUGGAUAGUAUGAGGAGUCUAUUGAGGACCUUACCCCCUGCUCCCUCGACCUCCCCAGCACCUGCUGGCGAAACAUAAAUCAGGGAGGGGUGCUUAAACACAUGGAGUGAAGGGUGCUUAAACACAUGGAAUGAAGCAGGGUAUUUGUUUUCAGGAAUUAAUGGAAUAGCUAUCAACAAAUACAUGUAAUGACAUGCAGUUAACAUACAUAUAAUUGCCGAAUUUAUUAGGUCUCUUCAGAGGGAAAUUACAUCACAUCAGCUUUUAAUAUUAAAAUAGACACUGAAAUAUGGUAGCUCUAUUGGACCCUAACAGUCCUGAAUCUUUUACUUUUUAAUUGUAUGUUAGUCUUGGACACCUUGCAGUGGUCAGCUUAGACGCAGUAAUAUU